ACUGGAACAACAGUUCGCGACUGGCAGCGCACCGGUUUACGUUUUGGCGAUGUGUCGUUCCGAAGCCAGUUACGCGAGUGGUUUUGUGACACGUUUAACCGUUAAGGGAGUGAAUACAAAGAUAAUAUCACGGUAGUGGUGUGUAGAAACAAAUCAAUUUGAUGCUUGACAAAAUUUGUUGGCAAUUUGUUUUUAUUUCGAAAGAACGUAACGGCAGUGUGCGUGUGAGUAUUGCUGAUAUUCAUAUCGCGUCUAGAAAAAGGUGAUCAUUGUAGUAAAGAGGAAAAUCGGAAGAAAACUAACAAUUAUAAGCGAAAAAAAGAUAGGAGCAGCGAGAGGAAAUGGUGGGGUGAUAACAAACAUUGGAAAAAAAGAAAAAAAAAUAUACUAUACAUCAUACGUGUGACACGCACGACGUACGCGUACGCACACAUAUAUAGAUACGCGCGCUUGCGGGCGCGCUUACAGAUACAGGCACGUAAUAACGUUACAUACACGCGCACUCAAGCACACACACGCACACGCGCGCGCGCGUGCGCGCGUGUGUGUAUGUACUUUAUAGUAGAUGAAUACAUACACGUAUUUAUACAUAAUAGAAAGAGAAGAAGAAGAGAAGGACGGUGCGAGGGAGGUUAAAGGAGAACGGUCAGGAAAGAACCGAGAGAACAAGAGAGAGAAAAUAUAGAGAACAAGAAAGAAAGAAGAAAGCGAAACGUGUGGAUGAAAGGAAAUAGGAAUCAAAAAAUAUGAUAGCGUUACAUUUAUUAUGCGGUGUUCGUAAGUACUAAGCGAUCCGCGUGGGACUGAAAAAAAUUGUAAAGCAAAAUAAUCGACGAACUUUUUCUUUUAUUUUUCAUUGAUUAAAAUAAAUUUGUCCUCGAUGUUCGAUUUAAUCCAAGUAAAUAUUGACGUGAUCGAUAGAAAGGUACAGUGUUCGAGAUUGAGUAUCGUUGAUUUCGAAUUAUUAUUUACAUGGAAAAAUCGAAGACGAAAUAUGGUACGACGAGUUACGUGGUACGAUAUAAUUAAUUGCGAGAAAGAAAUAGAAUAGCGGUGUUCGAAAGAAAGGAAGGGAACGAGUGAAAAAUAUGAAGAGAUGAUCCCGUAAAGGCAGAGAAAUGUGUAGGAAAGAAAGUGUAGGAAAGAGAGGCAAAGAAGAAAACGGAAAGAAAUAAGAUAAAGAGAAAAACGUGUACGAAAUAAUAACAUUAAGGCUAGAAUUUUUUGAGAAAACGCGUAUAUGCGUGCGUGCGUGUGUAUAGUAUAUCAGUGGGCAAGAUGGAGGAAAGUCAGCUGUUGAUGACGGAACUUCCGGCAUUGACGCCGAGUCGUGGUACAACGUUGCUUCAUCGUUCAAGACAUUAUUAUCAGUUACACCAACCGCACCUGGCUGCGAUACCGACCUCGCAGAGUCAAGGGAUUCUUUAUAACUCGAGUAACGCGCCACAUUAUACUAGCGGUACGACCGGUCUACCGGCAUACGCGCAAGGUCUUUCAUCGAGGCAACAACCGCAAGUAAUUGCUCGCGGUACUGUCACACCGAGCACGCAUAUCUCCUGCCUGUAUCCUGAAAUAUUGGCGUUGAUCUUCAGCUAUCUCGAGGUCAGAGAUAAGGGACGUGCCGCCCAAGUAUGCACGGCGUGGAGAGAUGCGGCAUAUUACCGAUCCGUUUGGCGAGGGGUUGAAGCCAGAUUACACCUAAGGAAACAGGCACCGGCGUUAUUCGCCAGUCUGGUAAGAAGAGGAGUGAAAAGGGUCCAGGUACUGUCGUUGCGGAGAGGUCUCGGCGAUGUUUUGAAAGGCGUGCCAAACUUGGAGGCGUUGAAUCUCUCGGGCUGCUAUAAUAUUACCGACGCUGGCUUGAUCAAUGCUUUUUGCCAAGAAUAUACCACGCUUACCGAACUCAAUCUUUCGUUGUGCAAACAAGUGUCGGACAUUUCUCUCGGCCGGAUAGUGCAGUAUUUAAAAAAUCUCGAACACUUAGAACUCGGUGGUUGUUGUAACAUUACCAACGGAGGGCUCCUCUGUAUAGCAUGGAAUUUGAAGAAAUUGAAAAGACUCGAUUUACGAAGUUGUUGGCAAGUAUCCGAUCUGGGUAUCGCUCAUUUGGCUGGCGUAAAUCGCGAGGCGGCCGGAGGAAAUCUCGCAUUGGAACAUUUGAGCCUUCAGGAUUGUCAACGGCUGAGCGACGAGGCCCUCAGGCACGUGUCGAUCGGUUUAACCACUUUGAAAUCGAUUAAUCUCUCGUUCUGCGUAUGUAUUACCGACUCAGGACUGAAACAUCUAGCCAAGAUGUCCAGCUUGCGCGAAUUGAACCUUCGGUCCUGUGACAAUGUUUCCGAUAUCGGUAUGGCUUAUCUUGCGGAAGGCGGCAGUAGGAUUUCUUCAUUGGAUGUAUCAUUUUGCGAUAAAAUCGGUGAUCAAGCGCUCGUUCACAUUUCCCAAGGAUUGUUCAAUUUGAAAUUAUUGUCGCUGUCUGCUUGUCAAAUCAGCGACGAAGGUAUUUGCAAAAUCGCGAAGACGUUGCACGAUUUGGAAACGUUGAAUAUCGGUCAGUGCAGCAGAUUGACGGACAAAGGACUCUACACCAUUGCCGAGAGUAUGAAACACUUGAAAUGUAUCGAUCUUUACGGAUGCACCAGGAUAAGUACCAACGGCUUAGAAAGGAUUAUGAAAUUGCCGCAAUUGAGUACGUUAAAUCUUGGUCUUUGGCACGUGCGGUGAUGGCUUUUUCUCAAUCGUAUAAUACAUUAUUACACGCGUCCUCCCUACAUUCGUAUCGGUGACCAACACGUUUCCUCGGUGCCUGCCAAACAUUGCCAGAUACCAUGCCGAUUUUCUAGUUGUUUCUCUUCUUCUUCUUCUUAUCAUGUGACACGAUUGCGUAACGCGUGCACGCUUAUCUUUUGUUCCUUGUCAUCCUCCACAAUUAAACGUUAAACGCAAAUUCUCCUUUUUUCGAUUAUACGUCAUAUUUAUUCGGAUCAGUGAUAUAUAUUCGAUAUAUAUAUAUACUUUUGAUUUCAUCGCACCGAAUUUUCUCAAGAUAUUUUUCUCAAAUUUUCAACGCUUCGUUCAUCGCUCGUAUUUACCAUACGUAUUUACGUAGACGUAUUAUUGAAAAUUAAUAAUGUAAUUUUCUCGACGAUAUACAUAACCGUGUAUUUAUUUAUAGAAUGAAUAUUCGGGAUUCCAUUCGUUUCCUUUAUUAUAAUCGUUAAAAUUGAAUUUUAAUCGAGGUUUUAAACUAGACUAUAGAUGUAAGCGCUUACGCAUACUUUUCGCGUUUUUCAACUCGUUCUACGUACGUUUUCUAAUGAAAAUUCGCGUACGUCGUAUUGUUUCUUUUUUUUCCUUCCUUUUAUCGUAUCAAACAACAACGGCGUUCUCUUCUUUAUAUGUACAUAUAUUGUAUAUAUAUAUGUAUAUAUAUGUGCGUGUAUAUAUAUAUACACAUACAUAUAUACGUAUAUAUAUAUAUAUAUAUAUGCGAAUCUGUUAAUCCUUAUCUCUUUAGCGAAUCAAGUAUCGAUAAUACUUAUAACCAAAGUGUUGUAUUUGAUUCUCCGUCUGCAUAAUUUCGUUUCUUAAUAUUCUCUGUACAUUUUUGAUCUCUCGCUCGUAUAUUUAUAUACGUGCACUUUUAUGCGAAUAUAAUCACACAAUCUAUCGUGUGUAUCUUUAUGUACACACACAUACACGCGUGCGCAUAAAAUACACGAAUACAAUUCAUCGAAUAUUUUUUAUUACCGGAUAUCUUGUCGUCACAAUUACGUAUUAUUUUUCAUUGUUUUUUUUUUCUUUUUUUUUUUUGGUGUGUGAACAUAUAUAUAUAUAUAUACUGUUAAGUUUCUUAAUACGUAAAGGUUAAAAAUUUUUUAAAUCCAUAAUAAUUUUAUGUGUAAACUUUUAAUCAGAAAAAAAAAAUUGCAAGUUAUUACACUUGGUUUUUUAUCAUAUCAUUUUAUAACGAGAUCAUUGAAUUUGUUAUUUCGUCGAAGAUUUUUUUUUUUUUUUUUUUUUCUCUUGUUCCAUCAGUUUAUCGUAAUUAUCUGACAUAUCAUACCAAAGAACAUGGAGAUUAGAAUUAAUGCCUCAGUCCUCCGAUUCGUUCGUUUUCAACGUGAUUCGAUUAUUUCAAUACGAUAUAUAAUACGAAUAGUAGUAUAUAGGUUAUGUCGUUACGUUUGUUUGAUUAGCGAAAAAUCAUUGCUUUCUUCUUUAAUGACGUAAGUUCGUAUAUAUAUAUAUAUAUAUAUAUAUAUAUAUAUAUAUAUAUUAUAUAUAUAUAUAAAAUAUUAUAACGAGAAUAUGAUAUCGAAUGCGCGAUGUUUUAGGCACCGAAUUUAUCAUACGAUACGAUCAUUUUUUGCCUGUAUAGAUCUUCUGUAAUAUAACAAAUAUGUUUUUAUUUAUAUAUAUAUAUAUAUAUAUAUAUAUAUAUAUAAAAUAUAUCAUAUAUAUAUAUAUAUAUAUAUGAUAUUGAAACAUGUAUCUGUUUCUUAAAACUGUGUAAAUAGAUAUGUACAAGUAAAGAAGGAAAGAGAAGGAAACGAGAAAAAGACGCGAGCGUGUGAAAGAUUAUUAGUACAUUGUGUAUUAUAAUAUACAUGUGAUGUAGCAAAUUUUUUUCUGUGUUAUCGCAAAAAGGGGGGGGGGGAAGAAAAAAAUCGUGAAUUACGUUGAUGAUCUGUAUACGAAUUAAAAAAAAAAAAAAAAGAUAAAAAAUAAGACGUAGGUAUAUAAAGUGUAUAGUAGUGCAUGCAAGUAGCAAUAACAAAUCACGCGAAAUUCGAUGAUAAUUAUAAUUUAUUCGUAAUUCGAUUUCGAUUUUUUAUUCCGGACCGGUUGUUAUAAA